GAAACAUUUUCUUUUCGUUUCUAACAUACACGGAUACUACGCAAGUGUGGAGGAAAUUGACAGAAAUCUGUAAAGAUUUAACGGAUGUUGAUUCGAGUGAAGCGGUAAUAGCGUGGAUGGCGAGUGUUUGGGAACAUGUUAUUUCUUUUUAUUGUUAUCAAAGUACAAUGGAUAACGUUUCUAAUUUUGUUGCGUUUGACCAAAUGGCACUUUGGUUUAUUUCUUGUAUGACACAAUUAAGGGAGAAUUUUACAAAUGACAAAUGUUGGACAUUUUUAACAAAAUGUUUAAGCUAUCUUCUUUUAAGUCUUGGGUACAUCUCUCGAAGUAUAAGACAUACCUUGCUUAGUUGGAUGUGUACACUUCGCGGUCGUGAUUUACAUCGACUUUGCUGUUCGUUUCCAGUCAUUUUUUUAAAAAAAACAUCUUUUCAUACUGUGGGCUUCACUCUGAGUGAUAAUAGUUUAAUGUAUUGUUUACCACCGAGUGAAAAGGAUGUUUUUUAUGAUGAUUUUCAAACGGCGCUACUAUCUCUUCUCCAGUAUGCGUUAGAGUUGGAAGGUUUAGAGAAUUCUUUAGACAACGAAAGAGAGAAAUGUGAUUUGAUUAGAAGAAUAGCUCAAAGUAGUGCAGCGUUGUGUAACCAUUUCAACCAUUCCCUUUGGAUCCAUUUAUUGAUGGCGCAGUUAAUUUUGUGUCAAUUAACGGAAAAAUUUUCCUUGUUAUGGUCUUCAGUUUUAGAAAGUUUAAAUGAGUUUUCUUCAAAAGUUCAAGUUCCGCUUACUCCCUUGUCGCACGAAUCCGAAGAAUUAGUAAAGAUUUUCUUUUUUAAAAAAGAUUUUGACCAAUGUCGUUACUUUUCUGGAUCCAUUUUAAAUAUGUUUAUUAGCAGAUGCUUAAUUUUUAAUCUCAAGUGCUGUGUUCAACAGUCAACUCAUGAAGACCUCAACAAACAUAAUUUUAUAUCUUCCAAAGUGAAAUCCAAGGGACGAAUUUUGAAAGUUAAAAAAAGAAGAAAAACAAAAAUAGCGUUGGUUCGUCAAACGGGGUUUUUUCAUGACUUUGAAUUCUGCGAUACCAUAUUUUCUUCUUUUGAACAUGCCAUAAAUGUUUACGAUGUGAAGAGAACAGAUACAGUAACAUUCCAUACGUGGUGCUGUAAGGUUCUUGAAGUAGUUCUUCCCCACACUUGGUCGAUCCAUUCUUGUAGUGUAAAGACGCUUUUUUUUAAUAAAACAAUGGAAAUGUUAUUAAGAAAUAUUUCAAUCCAUACGAGAAGACUUUGUUUAGAUGAGGUUGCUCAAGUAGACGGUUGUAUUUCAGUGUUACCAAAAGAUGAUUUGGUGCAUUUGCCAGAAUGCAUUGUAAAGAAUAAUUUCAAUCAUGGCGGAAUGUCACGUGUUUUGGAUAUGUUUCCUUUAAUUAUUUUAUUUCAAAAAGUUCAAAAUCAUGAGAAAACCUCUGACAGAAUAAGUGAAUCUGUCACUGACUUAUAUCAUUUUUUUGUAGAUUAUUGUUUUCAUCGCGUCAUCCAAAUACCACAAGUAUCCUUACAAAAGUUAUCCUUGCAAUUGCUUGUUUGUAAUUAUUUGGACUUAACUCCUUACGUGACACUUUUUAAUAAUGUCGUUGCUAAUACGCAACUAUCGCGUACUCUUCUGAAAUUUUCUAUUGAUCAAGAUGAGGGUAUUGUUUGUUUGGAACACCGCAAAACUGUCAUCCCAUUCAUCAUACGGCUACUGGUUUCCAAAUUAUGCAACAAUGGUCAAAAACAUCAAGACGAAUUAGCUGUGCGUCGUAAGGUGAUUUUUCGGUUUUUCUCACAACUUUCAAUCGAAGAAACACCAUUAAUAUUUUGUUCUAUUCUUUCAUCAAUCCUUUGUGUUUAUGAGCAUCAAACGACUCAAAAAGCUAAAAGUGAAGCCUAUAAAGAACAGGUUUUGUAUGAUUUUUUUAAAAAUGCUAAAGAAAAUAAUUCCUUUCAAAUUGUUACCGAGAAACAUGGUUUCAUUGAAAAAGAUCGCUGCCAGGGUCAGUGGAGUACUCUUGAUGGACGGCACUCUAUUGUUCUGGAUCCUACAAUAAUACAUCGCCUUCCAAUGCUUGCUGGCAUUCUUUUGAAUCUAGUGGAAAUUGUGAAUCAAAUGCGAUUGCGUAUUUCACAAGUGUCCAUUUUUUUGUUUGAAUGUUCAUUACAAGUUGUGAACAUACUGGAAGAACAUUCAAAGUUAUUAAACAUCGGGCAAGACACAAUUUUCUUGUGUGAAGAUCAGGAGCCAAAUACUCAUGUUUGGAAUGGUGGUACAUUGGUUAAAAAUAAUCAAUAUUGUCGAAUGCUUUUGAGAACAUGCUUUCGUUUACUUACCAAAAUAAUAAAAAUGUUUCCAGAACAUGUGAAUGCGUGGGAUUCUUCUUUAAGUCUUUAUAAAGAAACAUUACAAAAAUUAGUUCAAAACUCACUUUUGAGUGGAACGUUAUCGACAGCACUUAUUUUUGUUCUUUCUAUCGCGGAAGAUGUAACCUUGUUCCCUUUACUCACUUCUUCGUUAAGCUUUGUUUUACCCUUACUUUGCGAUAAUAUUGCUUCACCACCCGUUUUGGCAGCCAUUAGAAAAGGCUGGGACACGCCUGUUAUCGUUUCCAACAUUUUGAAAUUUGUUCUUCGUUUAUGUCGAGGAGGUCAACUAUCGUUGCAAGUUCCCGACUCUAUUAAACUGGCUGACAAGAAACGUAUUAAGGAACAUCAAAAUCAUGGUCGCCAAAAAAAAAAAAAAUGUCGGCUCAAUACAUCCAACAGUGAUAGCGAUACUUCUAUGGACUUUGAGCCGAAAGCGUUAACUCGGGAGUGGAAGAAUCAUAUAGAAAACAAUUUAUUUUUUGGAAUUAAUAUUAUUAAAACUUUUGGAUCAAGAAUUUUACAAUCCUUUCUUCUUGUAUUGCAAGAGCGGCAAAAAUCUUUACAUUGUGUAAAAAAAACCCAUCGUUAUGUUGCAUCUCAAAUAUCGAAUGAAGAAUUAGAUACAAUAACAGAAAUUUUAAAACAUGUUUCUUCAAACGAUUCUUUAAAUUUGAAUACGAUUAUCCAUAUAUUGAUCAAAAUUUUUCCAGUUUCGUAUAAUUCCCACAAUUCUUCGUUUCUUUUAAAUCGUCAAAAAUUAAUUUAUUCGUGUAUUAUCGAAUCUCUUCUCAAUUUUCAUAGGGAAGGUGAAACGAAUGAGUCGGUUCUUACGUUACUUGACCAUGUUACAAAAACUUGCUAUACACAUUUUCUUAUCCUUAAUGAUAUUGAAAUACGUCACAUGACUGCUAAGAUAUUUGUUAUCUGUUGUUUAGUGGAAGCGAAAUGUGAGGACAUUAAGAAAACUCUUGAAGAAUUAGCAAAUUGUAUUUUUAAUGCCUCCAAAGAAAUUUCUCAAGAGGAUCAAACAAAAUCGUUUCUUGUAAAUUGGUUUCCAGAUGCUCUUCAAAAAAAAAAAUGGGUCCUCACAAAGAAGAGUGUCAUUUCACGUAAAGUGUUAACAAGUUUUAUUGUUUUUGGUUUAUCAUCUUUACGACAACGUGUCAUUUCCUUACAAGCUGAUGAUGAUUUUCAGUGUAUUUUACUAAGUGAACUAAUACAACAUUCUGUAGGACAUGAGGGUGAUAAAAUCAAAAAAUUGGAUUUAGAAGCUUUGAACCAGCAAUGGAUUUUGACACACUGCUUGUAUACACUUAGAACAGAGGCGUGUGAUAGCGCCGUAAGAAUGCUUGCUUUAAAAUUUUUGAUACAAUCUGUUGAUCGCGUGACUCAAGUUGUACUUGUUCGCAAAACGUUAGCGGAUUCGCAUCAACUAACGUUUCAAGCGGAUUCCAGCGAAGCGUUGGCGCACUGUGAAAAAAUGCAACAUGAAUGGAAUGAAUGUCAUCAUGUGUUUCGUUAUAUAGUGAACACGGUUCUUCACGCAGUUCAUUGCGCUUUCAAUUCUUGUGAAACCCAAACUCUAAAAUCCUUCGUUACCGUCUUCUAUCAUAUAAUCUUCAGUUUUCACAAGAAUUCGACAUAUUUACCCUUUGUUACGCAUGUUUCGGAUUUUUUUUCCUUACCUGAAAAAGAUACGAAAUAUAUGUUAAAUCAAAACAUCAUUAAACAAAAAUUACACCUGGAUUUAUCUUGUUUGAUCAAUGUUAAGGAAGAGGGGACAUUAGGAGAACUUAAUCGCUUGAAUUUUUUUAAAGAUAUUCUGCAUGUUCAAAAACGGCGUCGUUUGCAAGCACUUACGGUUUUAACAAAAACAAUAAAAAGUAAUAUUUUAUCCAAACCAACAAUCUAUUAUAUUUGUACGCCUAUUGCUUUUAUCGCUCUUCUACAAUCCGAUAGUAUUAGCAACAAUUCAGUACACUUAGGUUUAGCGGAACAAGGAGCGCAGUGUUUAGGAGAGAUAGCUAAAUGCGCUGAGUGGUCUUUUUGCGUCAAACUUGUGAUGCGAUUAAUAAAAUGUUUUCGACGUUUUCCUAAUAAUAAUAAGCUUAUUGUUCGAUCCAUUUGUUUAAUCAUUCAUGAUAUGGAGAGACAUUUACAAAGUGUUCUAGUAGAGAAUUCUGACACCCAAACAUUCAAUUCUAACCAAAUGAUGUCUGUUUCAUCGUCUUCUGUUUUAAAUGAAAGCCCAAGUGAAGAAACGGACGUUUUACAUGAGUCAUGUCAAGAUACUGGUGUAGCUCAAUGCGUGCAAAAUAAAAUUCUUAAUAUGCAAAAUGUUAUUGAAACAAAACUAAUAAGUGCGAUUCGUCGAUUAGCUUUAUCAUUCAGCAAACCUAAAAAUGAAGAAUUGCAUGAUAAGCAGGAACCAAUUAUACAAUACCCACAAUUAAUUGUAGCUCAGGUUCAACUUAUGAAAUUGUUACCAGAGAAAAAAUUUAAUUCUUUUUUACCUAAAUUACUUGAAACAUUAGCGUCCGGUUUAAGUUCUCGUAAUCCAGAGGUUCGACGAAAAGCGCGUACAUCCAUUUCUUCAACAGCAUGUUGUUUAGGAGUUCCUUAUUUAGACUAUCUUUUCCGCUUUAUAUCGCAAUAUUUAACAAAAGGAUAUCAAGUUUCCGUUUUAAUUUUCACGUGUAGUUCUAUCCUUAUGGAAAUCGCCUUGGGAGGAGCUAAACGUGGCAAAGGUUUGCUUAAAACCAAAUGCUUAAUAAAACCAGGAACAUGCGAUAGUAUUGUUCCAACGCUACUACCAUUUAUUGAUCAAGAAUUAGCUCGCUUUUGUGAUCCUAAACGUCCCACUUUUCUGUUGCAUUCAUUUGAUGAUUCUGUUGUAUCGAAAAGACCUGGUGCUGAUGAAGAACGUUAUUUUAAAUCAGCUGAAAUUUUACUUUUGUUAUGUCGCAUUGCAUCGGUUGAAUCCUUUAUGGAAACAAUUCUACCAUAUGUUAAUGAGCUCAUGCUUGGAUCCAAAUAUUCUUCUAUUAUUUUAUCGCCCACGGCUGCAUCUAAAAGAAAAUAUCAACAUAUGGUUGAAUUUUUGUUUGAACAAAUAAUUUUUGGAAUGAAUGCAAAUGUGUCAUUUUCACGAGAAAAUAAAAUAAAAAUCGUUUUUAAUUUUCUGUAUUUAUACAAUUCAAUAAACAAUCAUCUUACAAUGUCUUCAACAAAAAACAAUGGGAAAUUGGCAAACACAAAAAAAGUUUCACAAUUACUCCUUUCCUGUCAUUCUUCUUUUAUAAAAAGAUUUCUUUCAAACCAAUUUGAAAAAGAAAUUGAAAAAGACCAAGGAGCAACAAUGUGCACGCAACGACGUGGGAAAAAUACUUUGUUCAUUCAGCCUGGAGCUGCAACAGGUCACAGUGCGGAACAAUCUUAUGCAUAUUCUAGACCAAUUGAUAUAAAAACAUGUAGUGGUAUUUUCGCUUUAGCAGGACUUCGAUUAUAUUUUCUUGUUAUUCAACACAUUGAUAAAGACGAUGAAUUGAUUCGAAUGAUGCGUGAAACGUGUUCCAGCAAUGUAUCCUGCAGUUUGAAACCAAAUAAAGAGUCUUCUUUGCUCAAUAAAGUCAUGCCACAAGCUGACUUUGUGUAUUGUAUUAAAUUAUGCAAUAAAAAUGUCGUUCGAUGUUUCUGUGGAUACGAUAUGCGUUUACUUUUGUUCUCGGCCAAAAUUUUACUUAAACUUAUUUACCUUCAAUGUAUAGAUGUGGAUAAAAAUGGUGCUGCAAUUUCGUUUGUUAUUUUAAAAAUUUUCAAGGAAAUGGGCCAGAGUACAACAAAAACAAGUUUAGAGUCAAUACGAACCACAUCCUUCAUAUGUGUUCGAUUAAUGGCAGCUUUGUUAACACAGACAUCGAGUUCUCAAUGGUUUUUACGUGCAGUUAAAGCCGAUUCGAAAAGUGGAGCUAGAACGUUUCAUUCGGUACUUUUAUCUCAAAUUCGAGUAGCAUUAGAAGACACUCGAACACGCAUUCCAGCUCUUCAAUUAUUUAAACAUAUUCUGUUAUUACGGGACAAAAACAAUGUGUUACAAGAACCUGAAAAUUGUGCUUUAAUUUAUCAGUGUGUUGAUGAAGUAGGAAUAAUUUUAGUUCAGUCGACAGCGGGAGUUACAAAAUUAAUCAAUUUAUGCAGUAGUGUGUAUGUUGAUUUUUUAUUAAAUUAUCCUAUGGCGGAGCGUAUUCAAAAAAAACGUAUCAAUUUUCUCGUCUCGAAUCUUAAUCAUCAUUUGUACCAAAGCCGCCAAGCAGUGCUUUCAACCCUUUAUAAUUUGGUUAAUCGUUUAUCCCCACAUACACUGAAUUCACAAUUCACGUCUCCCUUAACCUUAGCAUUACUCUUACGCUUGACAAAAGAAGAGCAUUAUGAAACACGCUUUGUGGUGAAAGCUGUUUUAAAAAAAAUUAUUCAAACAGGGUUUCCUAAAACUUUCCCAGUAGAGUUAACACGUAUCGUCGAUAGUGCGCUUUGCUCAAAUAAUAACAAGAUUUUAUCUUGUGUCUUUAUGGAGUAUUUACAAGUUGCUGUAACGUGUGUCACAACACAUUUAGCUUUACAGCAUCUAUCCAUUUAUUUGGAGCCUACUUUGAGAGUUUUAACUUUUUUUUUUCCUUCCUGGUUUCAAACGACUCCAAAUCCAAUUCUAAAAGAACAAUCACUUGAUUCACAAGAAGAUUGGAAAUUGUGUUUUACAUUUUUACGUUUUUUUGAACACUUCCUUUGGUUGCAUACAAGCUGUUUGUAUGAGUUGCUUAAAGGCAAUUCUUCGUCUGAAACGUUUCAAAAACUUUGGGUUUUUUGUGUAACGUCCUGUUCAACGCAUAGUCAUGUGUGGAUUCGUAUAGGAGUGUUGCGCCUGAUAACAAUGGUGAUUCAACGCACUGACUUUUUAAAAGCACAUGAAUCAUCGUUUCUUUUCUCUUCCGAAUUACUAACGGAAUUGUGUAGCAUAACUAAAAGGAAAAACUCAGAAGUCAUAACUCAUGUCAGUCCAUUAUCAGUUUUACUGUGGAAUUAUGUGAAUUGGUCUCAAGAUGCGCAAGCCGAGCAAUUAGGUCUUUUUUGUGAAACUCUUGUUUGCGGUAUUACAACUUUGUGUGUUGCGCUCUUCACAACGUCCUAUUCUUUCAACGACAUUGAAACAAAAAAAAACCACACUUGCAAUGAUUUGAUUGCUUUAGAUACUGAAAAAAAUGCCUUGAAAAAGCAUCAAUUGAAGGAAAACGAACCAAGACGUUCAUGCAGUCACCCGAAAGAGGUGAUUGAAACAGUGUCUUGUUGCCAAAAUAAUGAGAGUAAUGCAAACAUGACCAUGACUUUGUCGAGUUUAGAAGAACAAAACUGUCCUGCGCUUUGUGAAAAAGAUGUUGAGUCGCAGGACGAUUUGUGUGAAACCGCGUUAGAGAAUGAAACGAUUUUAAAUGCUGCCGAAAACGUUUCAGAAUCUUUACUUCAAUGUGCUACUGAAAUGGAACCUUCAGUAGACACCUUUUUAAAAAAAAAUGUAUCUGUUUCUUUGGAAAUUAAUGAACAACAUGUUGUUCAAGUACUAAACAUUUCUAAAAUACGUUGGACAAUAGGAAAAUUAAUGUGGUCAAUAAAAUAUGGAACUGGGAAAAUACAAUCCCACGUUGUUCGAAUUUGUUUAUCUUUAUCUUUAUUAAAAGGAAUUGUAACACAAUUACCGUAUCAAGUCUUCUCGUUCCCUAGUACGAAAAGCAUAUUCGAGUCAAUACUUGAAGCUGUCUAUAUUUGUUCGUCUUUAUUACGUCAUAAAAACCAUUUUCCACUUUUAAAAACAUUCGAUAUCAAUGAAGUUGCGGUAGCUGCUCAAACAAAGUACCAUGACUUUCCGAAAUCUCUCACUGGUCUUGUGGCAAAUUUUGGUGACGCAACCAUGCAACAAAUGGAAAUGUUUAUGGAUCAAAAAAAUAUGUCCUUAAUCUUUUUUAAUUCAUUACAAAAAAUACAAAAGAUUGUUGGAAAACGUCGACAUGAAAGAAAAGUAACAUUAAAACGUCUUAAAGCAUUAGAUCCUCAAAAAGCAGCUUUAAGGAAAAUACGACAUCACCAGAAAAAGAAAAACAAAAGACGCAGAAGCCUUUAAUGUAUUUUUUCUCCUUGUUCAAAAAAUGCAUCCUUCUACCUACUGCCGACAUUCCAAACUUAAAACUUAUAUGAAAACAUGAAUUUCUUUCACAUGGAUACAAACAUGAGAAAAAAAAGAAUAACAUGUUGUUUUUUCAAAAACAAUAACUGACGUCAUCCUUCAAACUCAUCUUACUGUUAAAAUAAAACAGCCCCAUUCUUUCCUUUAGCAAAAAACAAUUGAUUUUUCUUUUCCUAAACAAGUUCAUUAAGAGUAACACAUUUUGUGAAAACAAUAAAAAACACUCUUAUACUAUCAAGUAGCCAAAAAUUAAAACUCCACGUAAACUUUAACCGUUGAAAUGUC